UAAAAAUAAAUCAGAAUGUGACGGGUACUAAAAAUAAGUCAGAGUAACAAACACCCCCUAUGUCUCUUGGACCUGAGUGACAUCGUAGCAGUUAGCAGGACUGACAUCGUAGCAGUUAGCAGGACGACCACGACCAAGACUUAGCAACAAUCAGACAAGAGUAUCAAACAAGACUUCCAUUCAGCCACUCGCCGGGUCUGCCAGUCAUGUCCUCGGACAGCGGCUCGGCCGUCGUCGCCGCCGCGGACUCGGCGCCGCACUUCGUGCUGGUGCCGAUGAUGGCCGCGGGCCACGCCGGCCCGAUGUUCGACAUGGCCCGGGCCCUGGCACGCCGAGGCGCGCUCGUCACGUUCGUCACCACGCCGCUCAACCUGCCCCGCCUCGGCCGCGUCGCCGGCGAGGACGCGUUCCCGAUCCGCUUCCUCCCGCUGCGCUUCCCCUGCGCCGAGGCCGGCCUUCCCGAGGGCUGCGAGAGCCUCGACGCGCUCCCGGGCCUCGGCCUCCUCGGCAACUUCAACCACGCCUGCGCCAUGCUACACGCGCCGCUCGUCGCGCGCCUCCGGGACGAUGCCGCCGCCGGCUCCGCCCCUCCGGCGAGCUGCGUCAUCUCCGACGCCUGCCAUCCGUGGACCGGCGGGGUGGCCCGGGAGCUCGGCGUGCCGCGGCUCGCGUUCGACGGGUUCUGCACCUUCUCCUCCUUCUGCAUGCGCCAGAUGAAUGUGCACAGGAUCUUCGACGGCGUCGACGACGACACCCGCCCCGUGCGCGUCCCUGGCUUUCCCAUCGACGUCGAGAUAUCCCGGGCGCGGUCGCCGGGGAACUUCACGGGUCCCGGCAUGAAGGAGUUCGGCGAGGAGAUCAUGGCCGAGAGCGCGAGGGCCGACGGCCUGGUGGUCAACAGCUUCGCGGAGCUCGAGCCCCUCUUCGUCGAUGCCUACGAGUCGACCAUCGGCAAGAAGGUCUGGACCAUCGGGCCUCUGUUGCUGAUGAGCACCGUGCCGUCGACGGCGUCCGACGAGGACGCGGACGCCGUCCGGUGCGCGAGCUGGCUCGAGUCCAAGAAGCCCCGGUCCGUGGUGUUCGUCAGCUUCGGCAGCCUGGUGCGUUCGUCGCUGCCGCAGCUCGCCGAGAUCGCGCAAGGGCUGGAGGCGAGCGACCGUCCGUUCAUCUGGGCGGUGAAGCCCGGCGACCUCGCCGGGUUCGAGCGGUGGCUCUCCGACGACGGCUUCGAGACCCGCGUCGGGGAGAGGGGGCUCGUGGUCACGGGCUGGGCGCCGCAGAGGGCGAUCCUGUCGCACCCGGCGACGGGCGCCUUCGUGACGCACUGCGGCUGGAACUCCGUGCUGGAGUGCGUCGCGGCGGGGCUGCCGAUGGCGACGUGGCCGCACUUCGCGGAGCAGUUCAUGAACGAGAAGCUCGUCGUCGACGUGCUGCGGGUCGGGGUGCCCGUCGGCGUCAAGGGCACGGCGCAGUGGGGCGUGGAGGCGGAGGCCGUGGUGGCGACGCGGGACGACGUGGCGAGGGCGGUGGCGGCGGUGUUGGACGGCGGGGAGGAGGGAUCCGCGCGGCGGGCGAGGGCCGCGGACCUCGGCAGGAAGGCUCGGGAGGCCGUGGCGCGUGGCGGUUCGUCGGACCGGAACCUGAAGCUUCUCGUGGAACACGUCGAGCACCAGAAGAAAUCCACGGCGUGAGAAUACUAUUGGAGAGUGGAGUAGAUUGUUUUUUUAAGAAUGGAGCAAAUUGGAAUACUUUUUUUAAGAAAGGAACAGUUUGGCUUUCUAGGAGUAAAAUGACGUUUCCAGGCGUGCUUAUUGAAAUGGUGUCCAAAACUACGGCAUCACAUGAGUGAUGUGCUUGAUAUAAAAUAGAUAUACUUUAUCGCUUCA